AACUAUAGCCAGCGCAAAAAAGGAAACAAUAUUGACAAACUAUGGCUUGCUGUCGAAAACAAGAAACUAGUUCUUCAAGAAAGGAACGUUAACACGGGAACAAAUUGUAUACAACUGGUUUCUUGCAAAGACAUCCAAAUUAGUAACGUCGGACAAAAAAGAAGUUACGAGAAUGACGAGAAUGAGGAAUCAGUGACCCCAACGAAAAAGUUAUCGGUUGACAAUGACGACACCUCUUCGAAAAAUGAUAAACAUGAACAUGACGGACAUCAAGAGACAGAUGAGGAAAUAAUAUCGUCAGAGAGUCCGACCGUUAAAAAACUUAAAGGUCUUGGUGGAAUCGCUCGAUAUAGGAUUGUCUUUUUACCGGAAGAAAAUAAUUGUAAUCCGAUAAAAUCAGCCUUCGUUGAAGAAGAAUGGUUAAAGUUUGAAACCGAUUGGGAAAAAGUUGAAGAGACGAUAGUUGUAAAUGAUGGAGUGGACGGACACAUCGAGAAUUUAUUGAAGAAGUAUGAUGAUGCAAUAAAUAAAGCAACAACUGGAUAUAGUGUCAAUUUGAGCGAAAUCAUCGGCGUUUUCAACGAGUGUACUCUCAUCAAUCGGAGUUGUUAUACUUUUAGUAAGGAGUGGCCGUUGCAGUGGACGCAAUCAAUUUACAAUGCAUUCCUCGCAGUCAAUCCGCUUCAUGAUAGUGAAUUAUCGGAGUACGCGUAUAGAGACAAAAUU